AUGGGCGCGUCAAUAUCGAAAUUAUUUUCUGGUCUUGUCUGGGGCAAGAAAGACAUAAGAAUCUUGAUUCUGGGAUUGGAUAAUGCCGGCAAGACGACACUUCUGUACCGUUUAAAGAUUGGAGAAGUCGUCACCACGAUACCCACCAUUGGUUUUAAUGUUGAGUCCGUACAAUAUGGCAAUCUGAAUUUCGAUGUCUGGGACCUUGGUGGUCAGACGUCGAUCAGACCUUACUGGAGGUCUUACUAUGCGAAUACAGCGGCUGUUAUUUUCGUCAUCGAUUCUACGGAUAUUGAGCGAUUGGAGAUCGCAGCAGACGAAUUACGAUCAAUGUUGAAUGAAGACGAGCUCAAAGAUGCUGCGCUGUUGGUAUUUGCUAAUAAGCAAGAUCAACCUGGGGCACAAGGGGCCGGAGAGAUCUCGGAGGCUUUGAAACUGGGUGAAUUGAGGGACCGGAAUUGGAGUAUUGUUGCGUGCUCGGUCAUUGAUGGAAAAGGGAUCAAUGAGGGUAUGGAUUGGCUUUCGUAA